AAUAUAUUAAUUACUGUGUUCAAAGUGUAUAUAUCUAUCGUAUUUUCGGUCUCUUGUCAACAAUUUAAUUAAGAAUACCGAUCAGAACGUCCUUUAUUGGCAUCUGCAACUAGGACACGUACUCAAAUGCCAGUCAGUUGACCAAACACACUAAUGCACAUUUACGGAGUAGCUUGACAAUUAUUGAUGGCACAGUUGUUGAGUAUUGUUUUUAAGAAGAAUGACCUUUACUCUUCCUGGGGUUUUCAAGUAUGCGGCGGAAGAGACAGUUGGCGACCAUUAACCGUGAGAAAUGUACAAACUGGUACUUUAGCGUGCAAUUAUUUAAAUGUCGGCGAUCGUGUUUUAGAAAUAGACAGCAUAGAUUGUUAUUCAUUAACUGAAUCACAGGCAAUCAGUUUCCUUCGAAGGCCAAGUAAUACUAUUGAACUUUUAAUAUUAAAACGACGAGGGGAAAACGUUGUACCUCCUAAACGAUCAUCAAGUUGUAAAGCUCUACAACAUUAUAAUUUUCCAAAAUCACAAAGUAUUUCAGAAUCUAGUUUCCUUCCUCAUCAUCAUAAUUGCAAUAACAACCUUGACAUCACUGAUCCAGAAAAAGAUUUGCAUGCAUCCAACGUUUCAGAAGAAUUUUUGAACCAAUGUUCUGAAGAAUCUAAAAAGGAUCUCGAUUCAGUUCCAAUAAAAAAUCAUAAUAAUGAAACCUUGCCGUUUUCCAACUUAAGACCUCCUAGAAAUGCGUUACAAAAAGACGGCGAACCUUUACGUCUUAGAAGUCGUUCAAGUUCACCACAAUUCUGGAAAUUUAAUUCAAAAAUUUCUGUCACUGGAUUUUCUAAUGAUUGUAAACAUUUUUGGAAAAAACUGGAAAAAUGCUCUAUGGAAGACUUAAGCGCUCGUCGCUCACCAAGCCCAGUGCGACCGGCAAGCGUGGCAUUCUAUCCCAAAUCACCUGAACCUAAUAUUCAGCUAAAGGCUGAUAUCGUUUCGCCAAAGAAAAAAGUGACUUUUAGUAAUAUUUUACUGGAGAGAAAUUAUUUACAAAUGGAACUACCGGACUUAUCCCCGGGAUCAAAAGUUGACGAAGAAUUCAAUAAAAUAUAUAAUAGUUCAAAACAGGAUGAACCGCAUCAGUUAGGAGCGAAAAACGUAGCUGGAGACAUGUCUACACCACCACCACCACCUGCACCACCAUCGCCGCAUUCUGGUAAAGGUACAGCUCAAGGUGGUCCACCCCCGCCGCCACCACCUCCUCCUAUGUUGCAUAGUGGACACAUUCCAGCUAUUCGUAUAAAAACUGAGCUGAAUGGACCCAGAGAAAUACCAUCGACUAUACAAAAUGCUAUGGCUACCAAAGAUAAGAAACCAUUUACAUAUUUGCCAGGUGGAUUAGACUUGAGUGAGAUAAGAAGUCCUCGAAUGCAAAGGCGUCUAGAGAGAAAUGCCCAGACUCCUCCUAGUCCCGAACAUGUACCUCCAAAGUCUCCAGAAUAUCAACAACCGCAGACAAAACCAAACGGAAACUUUGAACAAAAACCCAUGUGUAACGUGCGCACUUCUACAGACAGAGUAUGUCUGUUACCUCAAGUUCAGCAUCAACCACAACUAAACAAGUCGCCCACUCCUUGGAUGCAAAAAGCAACACAAAUUCAACCUAAUCCAGCACCAUGGACUCAAAACAAAAAAGAAUACAUUGAUCAGGUUGAUAAAGAAAAAGAACGAGUUGUGCCCAUGAGAGUUGAAACAAACAGACAAAUGUCAUCUCAACCUAUGAAGAAUAAUAUAGAUCACUCAUAUGAUACUGAACCGAAACAAGGACGUUCAUUUAAAGUGCUUCAACAAAUUACUGAACCAAAAAGCAUGUAUGAUGGUUCUCAGCCUUACAACAGUCAGUCGUUACCUUUGUCUGAACUUAGGAAGAUGCAGUUAAGUGAUGAUGAUCGAUCAUUCAUGAAUAGAGUAAAAUCUCAAGUUGACGAUGAUAAAUUUUUACACAACGAAACGGAUCCUCGUUACAAAGGUGCGUCGAUACCAUCUCGAAGUUUCCGAAUGUUGCAAACAUUAACGAACUCUGCACCUGUUCCAAUGGACGAUAAUAGACCAUCAGAACCGAUAAACAAUUAUGUAUCAGUAAAACCUAUAGAAUCAAAAAUUUACGUACCACCGUCUGAAAGGCCCACUAGCUCGGAACCACAGAAGUACACUGGAAGCUCCAUACCAUCUAGAUCGUUUAGAAUGUUACAAGCUAUGACAGGCCAAAAUAACGAAGAAGAAUAUGACCUACAAAAUCGAUCACUUACCCCUUACUCUUUUCUCAGUCCCGAAUUUUGGCAACAUUACAAUUAUUUAAAAGAAUUUCACGACUGGCACACCGGUGCAUAUCAAUUACAACAGCAACCCCCUCAAUUACAACAAAAACAACAACAACAACUACAAAAUCUACAACAUCUAUUACAAGUUGAGAAAAACGUUACGCAGACGGACACGGCUUAUAUAGCGCACGUACUGAACACUAUUGACGAAGAGGAAGCCUGCGCGGAAGACGAAUAUAAACCUAACCAAGCGACGACGUUAAGCAGCGAUUGCAUAGAGAACGCUAGCGAUUCCGAGUGCGAAGUUACCGUAACGAUAACGUUGCCGACGAAAAAAGCCGAACUAAAAGAUCGGGUCGUAGAUAUCGUGGAUUCACCGGUAGACUUUUGGCAACAGAUCAACGACGAGGGGACGGCGGCCAUAUCAGAAAACGGUAGCGAACAUUACUCGGUGGACAUUAGACAGUCACAGCCGAGUGACGGUGGCGAAGCUUGCGUAUCGAACGCAGUAGCGGUGGCCGACAGCAGGUGCGCAUCAGGCAGUCAAUCGUGCGAGUACGAGAAGCGGUUGCCGACGAGCGACGACCAACCUUGCGCGGUGGACGCAGCCGACACGUCCGCUUCGGACGACGACGACGACGAAGGUAGCGAAUCCUCUGAGGACGCGACCCGGUCACCGCCGGGCGACGAUCAGCCCUCUUACGCCGUGCCGGUGUCGGUGCCGACGGAUGUGAGUCACCAGAGGAGAAACGAAGAAGAUGCCGACUCAGGUAUCACGGGCUCGUCGGUCAACGUCACACGACAGAUCUCGGAGAAGGACGUGAACAGCCGCUCGAUAAAGUACCAGAGAACGUGUACGCACUCGCGUCUUUUCGACUUCUUGCAUCACGACGACGGAACCAAGAGCAACAACAGCAACAACAACAGCAACAAGCUACUGCUGCAACUGCAACAGUCGUCGACGACGGCGUCGUGCACUUCCGGAUACUCGUCGGCGGCUACCACGCCGUCCACUCCGUCCGUCGGCAGCAAAAGCCGAUACGAGUCAGACUUGUCCCGGGCGGAAUACGACAGCUACUACAAGAGCUGGGAGUACGCGUGCCCCUACUUCGGAUACGACAUACUGCCGUCAAAGGCGUUCAAGACCUUGCUGCAGCGGGACGGCUUCGCGGUAACCGCCGCCGCCAAGUUCAAAUGUCCGAAAAUUCCUGCCGAAGAGAACGAGUCUUAAACGUUUUUUCCUCUUUUUCUUCAAUUCGUUAAUUCGUUUUUUUCUUUUUUACGAUUUUAUAAGGUCAUUCGGGAGAGUCCGACUUCUGAUAGAUAGUCGCAACCAAACUGCUUUUACGUUGAACGAUUUAUUUCUACGGUCUACACAUUUUGCUAUAAUCAUUUGUAUAAAUAAUUGAAACUAUUUAGCUGUAGGUAAAUUGAAAAUAAAUUAACUCAUAAUUCUAGCUUA